AUGACAGCAGAUAAGACGACUGAAAAAACUAAACUAAACGAAGAGCAAGAAAUAUUAUUAGAUUUAACCAAUAAUAUGAAACUGAAUCACAUUCAUACUACAAUGCAGUUGCUCUAUUCAUUACCAUCUCAAAUAUUAAACAAAACAGCACACAUUCAAAAUAUUAUUAAUCAACAAUAUAAAACAGAAUAUGAAAAAACAACAAUCGAUUUUAUUAUUGAUUUUAUAUCCCACGAUCCAAUAUUUCAAUCUUAUUUUCCACUUCAACUAGAAAUACCCGUUUUAAUCUAG